AUGUCCGUGGCAUCGGGUAACGACGAAGGAGUGGACGAGCGAGCGAUUCUCACCAAACGGCGUGUUCCGGACGUCGACGAGAUUGAGCUUAUCUCAUCCAAUCCGGUCAAGAAGAGAAGGUCGACCAAGCACAACCCUUCCCAAACCGCCCAAGGACCCAUGAAUACCCCCCAACUCCCGCCUCCGGACCGUCCUCGACCUCCAGCCUGCCCUCCAUCUCCGGCCCAUCCUCCACCUCCAUCCCAAGCUCCUCUCAUCACAAACCCAGCAACGCCCGCUCCAUCUCAGACCCUGACGGCCGACCGCUACCGCAGCAUGUGCGACGUCAACCAGGCCCAGGCUCCAAGGCCUGGCUCAACCCACGAGACCCGGGGCAACUCACUCCUUACCCUGGAGAAAUUUGCUUUUCCUCCAUCACUCGCCCCAACGCAAACCCACCCGCGCCAGCCUUCAGAGGCCAUAUCCCCCAAGCAGCUUCCACAGGUCUACCGAGCACCCCCUGGAGCCGGUGCGAACACCAACGAACGCCCCCUAAACACCGACCAACCACUCCUGCCAACACCACGCCCCUCUUUGGAGAACUCGGUCACACUAGACCAGAUCUCCUGUCUCGAUUUCAAUGGCACCCCGACGAACACUCCCGGCUUUGAUGUGAGCCAGAUCUUUUCUACGAUUGACGGCAUCAUGAGUGGCGUUGAAUUUGGCAACGCGGUCAACCCGAUGUAUGGGCCAGCUCCUCCCAAUCUACCAAACACCCACAACUUCGUCCCGUCCAUGACACACUCGGCCGGAAGUAUUAUGACGAUACCGCAAGCACAGAACAUUCCAUUAUCUGUCACACCUCUGCAGAAUCAACCUCAGCAGCAUGGGACGCCCACUCCCGGCAUUACUAGUAAUACACAGGCGCAGUUCUCGCACAGCCACCCAGCGGGCAGGAGCAUGGUAUUCCAAGGCCCUCCCCCGUCCCCAGCACCGGAGGCCAACCCGCCUUGUCCCCAUUGCGGGCGAAUGCAACAAGAAGCUCGCAUGCGUCCAGCCCAAAACCCACCACCGAUUGACGCCAUGCAGCCCCAUCACCCAGCCUACCAACAGCCCAACUGCCAUCCACCACCAGCACCCCCCGUCAACAACAACCCGAUACCGAGCCCUGCUCCAGCCCAUCCAGCACCAACCCCCCACCCGCCCCAGCCCGGCAAUCACCAGAGACGACACGACCAAUACCAUCCAACCUCGCUCUCGUCCUCCCCAGCGGCACACGCUGAGCUCGCCCCAAACGCCUUCCUACAAGACGUCGCCCAAACCGUCCAGGUGUCUUUCCCCUAUGCCCAGGUCGCGGCCCAGCAUGGCAUGUCGCUGACCACGGUCGCCGAGGCGCUGUCCAGUCUGGUUGUUGUGCCGCUGCUCUUGCGUGGGAUGCUCCCUCGGGCGGAGUGA